AUGCCUCAGCUGCAAGCCACACUGCUAGCCGGCAAUGCCACGGCCUGCCGCUACUUGCUCUACCACCAAAGCAGAGACGGUCACGGCAACCGGCUCAUGUCUCUCGUAUCCUCGUUUGCGUACGCGCUGCUGACAGAUCGGAUUCUGCUGCUGGUGUCUCGCAGUGGACCCGCUACAGAGUUCUGUGAACCAUUUGAGUAUGAGGCGUCGUGGGUGCUGUUUGAUGGGCCAGAGGAGGAAGGGGAAUAUUACGCGUGGGUGCUUCGGUAUAAAGUGGCCGAGGAGUGGAGAAGCGUGAGGGAGGGAGAGGAGGGACGGACGCCGGGUGCCAAGCUGCCAGCAAUCCUACGCCUCGACAUUAACCAAGCAACCACCCCGUCUGGCUUCUUGUUCUUCUGUGAAACAGAGCAGCAGUGGCUCUCCCACACGCCCACAUUACUCCUCACCUCCAACCAAUACUUUCUCCCCGCACUCUACCUCCUCCCCUCCUUCCACCGCCACCUCCACCUCCUCUUCCCUGCCCACAUGCCCUUCCGCUCCCUCUCCCGCCUGUUGCUCUUCCCCCGCAACCGCAUCUGGGCGGGGAUCACCCACCGGUAUCACACCCUCAUUGCCCCGGCGCCGGCUCGUGUCGGCCUGCAGGCGCGGUUUUUACCACAUGCAAAUGAGAGCACAAUAGCAUUCUACACUAAGGGUAUGGGGAGUUGCAUGCUGCAAGCUCUCAACUCCUCGGCUGUGCAGAGCGCAAGGGGGAUGCGGCUUGACAGGGAGGCUGCUUUGCAGGCGAAUCAGGGACCUUUUGAGGUGCACAGAGGACGGGGUAUGCGAGAGGGAGAGGGAGGAGGCUCAGCAGGGCGGGGCACUAGUGGGAGUUCUGGGCAAGGGGUGGGAGGUCUGGCUGAGAAAUGUGCACUCCGUGGUGGUAAGUCUGAGUCAGAGACGACAAUAACAGUGACUGGUAGUGACACGAGCAGUGGAGGUGGUAGUGGUAGUGGUAGUGGUAGUGGUAGUGGCAGUGGUAGUGGUGGUGGCUGCAGCGUGAGGGGUUCCUGGGGGAACGUGACAGAGGUAAUGGUAGCGUCUCUCAACCAGUUCCUAGUGCAUAACCUCUCACAGGCAGUGUCGGCAGAUGUGCCUGUAGCGAGAGUGACAGUAGGGAGUGACACUGCUUGUGCUCCUACGGAGGAAGAGCCACCACCCAGUGGUACCGCUCGCACUGCUGAUGCGGCUGUGCCUGCUGCUACUGUAACUCCCAGUAUGAGCACGGACGCUAGAAGCAGCAGCACUGGUAGUGCACUGGCAGCAGCAACAGUGGCGUUGGCAGCAAUGGCACUUCCGGACCGAGCCAUCAUCAACAUGUACACUCUCGCUCUCUUCUCCGAUGCACUUAUCAUCUCCAAGACUUCUACUUUUGGCUACCUCUGCGCGUCCCUCUUUGGAGUUCCCCAUGUUACAUUUGUGGGGCUACACACAUGCAUUCCCGCUGUUUCCGAGCCUUGCAUGCACUUCCCCCCCACCAAUGACCGAUGCCCCGACGGCAAUCCACAGAAGCUGCAGCUGCUCCUAGCGGAGAUGCCAGCUACGCCCCUCAUGGCGUGUGCGGACAGGCCAAAUGGGCUAGGCCUAAGGCCCUUGGACACUGCACAGGAUGACUACAACUACCAUGCUUGA